AUGAAAGGUCAACUCAGGAAUUGUGAGCGGUUCUGCAAAACUGAAGAUGAAGGAGUUAUAUGUUAAUGUGCUGCUGGCUAUGCCCAGGGCAAUGACAAAACCUGUGUAUCUGUAGUUGAUUCCCUGAAAGUGACGUGUUUCCCUGCAAACCCUGUUCCUCCAGUCCAGUUGAUAGAAGUCACAGGAAUCACAGCAAAUCAAGAUGCUCAUCCUGAAAAUGAGGAAACCACAGAGGCCCCAAGCAGCCAUCUGGAGGUCACCAGAGAGGCUGUCAGUUUACCCAGGAUGUCCCCGUGGCAGGUAAUUCUAGUAGAUGAGUAUGAUGAAUGGUUUUGCAGGGGGACAGUUCUGAAUGAGUAUUUUAUACUUUCUGGAGCUCAUUGCAUUAACCAGUCUAAAGACUUCUUGUUGGUAAGUACUUGUCACUUUUCCCUUUACUACAAAAAAAAAGAAGUGUCCUGUGUUCAUGUCUCCAUAUGCAAGAUGCUGAAUUCUGCCAGAGUUUUUCUUGCCCUCUUGUUAUUCCUUCCUGCUCCUUGA